AUCCGCGUAUGUCGAAACUCACGUAGCGCGUAGUUCUCUGUCUCUUUGAGCUUUUGGAUCGUGUCUACUGAAGGAUAGACUUACCAGGCCCUACAUUUGCAGUGGAAGCAUGCAGAAGUUUCAGAACGUUGUUUCCGUCUUAGGUCUGCUGGCCUGCAUCCUGCUGCCUUCGGUAUUGUGCCGUGCUGCCAAGUUGGGCUGCGACCGAGAGACUCUGGAAAAGUGCAGUGCGAGCCUCUUUUUCUUCGCCAGCGGACCUCACAUACCCGUCGCCGCAGAGGACCUCGCAGAGACCUGCAAGUCCGAUGAGAACGACAUCAAGUGCCUACAGGAUUACAUCAAGAACUGCCUGAACGGCGUCUCCAAGGGAAUGGUUCAGCUCAUGUUCGACGGCAUCACUGCGGUCACUCAGGAGAAGUGCACCGUCGGGCAUCCCCAGCACUCGAACUACCUAAAAUACGUGGUAUGCAUGAACACCAUCGGACCGAAGAUCCACCUGUGCAACAGAAACAUCACCGCCGUCCUAGAGACGAGCUCCGAGGUCGCCGAGCAAAAGCAUAAGAUUGGCUACGCCUGCUGCACAUUCGGGACGUACCAGCAGUGUGUCAAGGACUCUAUUCGAGGAAGUUGCUCGGACGAGCACAUUGAAUACGCCGAAGGCAUCGUGAACCAGUACGCUGGCGAUAUCCUGGAUGCCGUGUGCUCAAAGUACCGACCGGGUGGAGAGGGUUGCAAGUCGCUGCCGGUCAUUGACCCUGUCCAGAAACCAAAGACAAAGUCUCUGCUGCCGCCGCUCAGCGAUAUCUUCAAGACAUUUGGCUAAAUAGCGAAACAUAUCUCGCAGCCAAUGACAAGCUAUGCGGUUGUAGUAAUGCUGCAACUCUUAUCAUGCCUUAUACUGCUGCAUGUUCUCCAUAAUUCGGUUCCUUUCCACUGCUAUAAGCUGUCGAACAAAGGAGCGCCGGAAUGAAGAUGUGCAUGUGAUGAUGCCUGCCUUCCAUGAGUGUCGUUUGGGUGUUGAUAAAAAUGCUGUGAUACAGUUGACAAUACAGUUGAUACAGAUGGGAAAGCCAACUGC